CGGUUUUGUGAUUUCCUCUUUUUCAGAUCCAGCCAUGAGGCAGAGAGGAACAAAGGCUCCAGCACAGAUACUCUUCAGCACACACCUCGAGGACUGAAGGGUUCGGAGACAGUUUCUAUGUCCUUCUGCUGCAACUGCUAGAAGUCGGAAGAUAUAAUUAUAAUAUACAGUGAACUACAAGGAACAGAUUGAGAUUUCACGCGUCGGAUUUUGUUUUAUUUUUCGGUUUCACUUAGUUGGUGAAGUGUAUAUUUAGGGGAAUUCCCAAAGUACGUCAUUGGGGGAAUUACCGGAGAGAGAUGUGCCACGUUGGCAGAAGCGUGUGCUUUUAGAGUGGGAUUCAAACCCUUAACCAUGUGACUCGGAGUGCUGGAAGUGUGUGUGUCUCUCGCUGCCCAUCAGUUUAGGGUUGUUAUUCAUCCGAGUUUCUGAUAGUCUUGUUGGAAAAAGGAGUGUUGUUUGCUCAAAGGCGAGGUCCAAUUCCAUUAAUUCUCGCCAGAGACAGAAAGUGAAGCGAUAUUUUUGGUAAAUAACAUUUUUUUUUUUAAGAAAGAAAAAAAAAGAACCCUCUUGAAGUAAAAUUAAUUUUGUCAGUGCGUGCGCGUGUAUUCUGGGUGUACUCCUGUUUUUAGAAGCUUCAGGGGUACCUUGGGUAGGCGACUCACCUACACAGCAGUGUGUGUUUGUGUGGCCCUGUAGUGGCCCCCUGCUGUGUGUGUUCGUGUGUGUGUCGGUGAGUGCACGGGUGUGCAGUGUCCGGGGAGCAGGAGGAGACCAGUCGCCGUCGUCUGGCCGCUGACCAUGCCCGCCAGGGGCCGCGUGACGUCACGAUGAUGCCAUUCAUGUCCAAGAAGAAAAAGUUCAAGUUCCAGGUUCACCUGGGCCUGGAAGAGCUGGCCUCAGUGCCCUUUGUGUCGGGCGUCCUGUACGCCAAAGUCCGACUCAAUGACGGCGGCAGCUUCCUGGAGCAGUCGCCCCGACAGGAGGUGCACAAUAACUGCGUGCGCUGGGGGGCCGAGUUCGAGUUCCCGUGCAAGAUGACGGCCAGUCUCACCAGCGGCGUGCUCGACCCCUGCUUCGUCAGGAUAUCUGUGCGGAAG